AUGGUGCGGCAACAGAACAGGGCCCAUGUGAUGCGGUGCUGUCCUGUCCGCCCCCGCAUCAAGUGGGUGCUCCAGCCGUCAGGAGGGUCUCCCGCAACUUUCGCCCAGCCCCUCCCCUCAACCUCCUUUGCUCGGGAAUGUCCUGGACAUUCCGCGAAAAAAGACAUGGCGGACAAGAAGAAGGCGGCGCAGAUCAUUGGUUACCACUUUAUCGUGGGCCGUAGAGCGUUCAAGGAGAUGCUGGGUUAUAAGACCGGCACUGAGAUGGUGACUCUAAACUAUCAAAUGAAGAUACUGAAUGUACGUGCGCCUUUAGGAGUGGUGCGUUUGGGGGCGUCCGUUGGAGCUAAGUACACGGGGAAGAUUGUGAGGAAAAACCUCUUUGCUGGGAAGAUCAAUGUAGUGCAUGGCGUGGACACGGUGAUUCGCCCUCCAUGGUACCAGGGAGUCAAGUGA